UCUUGUCAACAGCUUGGCAUGAAAAGUAAUGAMUGUAGUUCCUUCUGCGGAUCAAAACAAGACGUACAAACGUUAUAUUGGAAAUUGUUGUUCAUUGUCUGGUACUGUGAUAUCAACUAUUGAUAUUUAGAACUCUCUUAGUCAAGAAAGGGUGCUUAGAUUGUGACAGGACUGUUAUUGCGCGGUUGACAGAGAUCCAAGUCAAGUCGUCAAGUAGAUACCAAAAUACUUGAUCUUUUCUCAUAGAUGGCGAAUACCAAGAAAUGACAGCUAAUAAUGGCUAGCAUGCUGUACGUCUUUGUACUGUGUUUUGUGUGUACAAGUCAUCUUGUGCAAGCAAAAGGCUGCCAUUCUGGUCUUGGUAUGCAAGAUGGCUCCAUUAGUGAUAAACAGUUAUCUGUAUCAUCGGCUGUCAAUGACCUUGYAUCUGCAAGAAAAGGCAGACUGUACAGUGAMUCUGGUUAUGGUGCUUGGUGUCCUUUGCAGAAGGACUGGUAUGCUCCAGGGGCCCRGGGUCCUUUCUAUGACCAGUAUUACCAGGUGUCAUUCUCAAGACCUGUCAGGAUUAUUGCUGUCGGCACUCAAGGGAGGGCAAAGAACUUUGGGAUGGAAGGAGUUGACAACUUCUUUGUCAAAUAUUCAGUCAUGCAAAAAAACUGGAAAGAGUAUCAUGAAUGGGGGCAGCAACAACCUAAGAGAUUCUUUGGCAAUAAAUACAAGAUGAAUGUUACAAAAAUGAAUUACUUCAAGCCACCUUUCAUAGCUGAUACUUUUCGCCUAAUUCCUGAGAUUUACCCAGUCAAUCAAGUGUGUUUGCGCAUGGAGUUAUAUGGAUGUCAUUUACAACAAGAUCUGAUAUCUUAUACUAUGAAACCAGGGGAUAUUUACGGUUCCCGUUAUAACUUAACCGACUUGAUAUUUGAUGGGAUUGUCAACUCUACCAUAAUGUACUCAGGUAUGGGAUUCCUGACUGAUGGUCUGCUAGCCAGCAAAGAUUUCCUGGAAAAUGAAGGGUACGGAUGGAUUGGUUGGUAUUCUGGUCAUACCCCAUCGCCUUACAUUGUGUUCACAUUCUUCAAGCGCCGUGUGUUCCGGUCUCUAACRUUCCAUUGCAAUGUGCGAGAUAGAAGUGGUAUUAAGUUGUUUAAGUCUGUUAAAGUAAGCUUUAGUGCAGAAGAUCAGUCAUCUCAUGGUUUUGUAGUACAYSAUACUAACCAGGCAUCCAGUGGCUAUAAAUGGAUGAACUACAAUGUCACCRUUGAUUUGUGUGAGAAUUAUGGCAAUCAAGUUAAAGUGGAGUUCAAGUACGAUGGAGAAUGGAUCUUGAUCAGUGAAAUCAUGUUUGACAGCAAUCCACUACCAAAAGGAAUUUUUCCACCAACACCAAAGUGUAARCCUACAACACAGCCUCCCAUUACAGACGAACUACUGGUAAACACCACUACCACGUCUAACAUCUCGGUUAUAACUUCAAAAGAUGGCCGUGUUACUGGUGAUGGUCUAGAUGAUGGUGCAAUAGUUGGUAUUGUAUGUGGUGUAGUGUUUGUCGUUCUUUUAGUUGURGUAUUCCUGUGCUAUUGGUGUUUCUGUAGACGAACACAAAAUCAAAGAAAGCCUUCGUUUUAUCACUUUAUUCGAUGGGAGCUGAAGCCUUACAAUUCCUACCGUGACACAGUUCGUAUCUCUCGUCUUGGCAGUAACGGCGAGAAGACCUCUACUUUUAGGCGAGAUCAGAACGGUGAAACACAAAAUCCAGAGUCUGCUAUUUACGCCAGUAUUAAGAAUUUAGAAGAAAUAGGACUUGUUCCUGACAAUACAAUAAUACAAGCGAAGAAACCUGGAAAACCUAAGAACAGACCACCGCCAUUACCAAUAAACGCAUUUCCACAUAAAAACGAUGAACAUUACGCACUGCCUGACAGCCCACUGAUACCAGAACAACCAGCGAUGGAUGAAGAUGGUUAUUGCAGUCCUGAACCACAAAGUCCUUUAAUAAGCCCACCCAUAUCACCUAUCCCUCAAAUACCAAGUGCAUCCCCCACCACUCCAGACGUAUGUUACGCAGAACCUGAAGCACCUCGCCCUCAAACAGGGGGGUACUCUGAACCGAUCGACGCUGUUAUACCUGGUGAUGGUAUCUUCCGUAAUCCGGUCUACGAGGAGAUUUACUCGGAGCCAUAUCAAGGUGUUUCAGGUUCGACACUUUACGCGACACCUUCUACUGUAGUACGGCACGAGACUUUUAAAGACCUACCACGUGACAAGAUAGUGUUUAAAGAAAAGAUAGGAGAUGGACAGUUUGGAGAGGUUCACUUGGGUGAAGUCGAUGGAGGUUUAUUGGAUGAAGAUACAACUAAACAAGUCUUAGUCGCGAUUAAGAAACUUAAACCGGAGGUCGAUAAGAACAUCAAGGACGAUUUCUUCAAAGAAGUGAAAAUCAUGUCGGGUAUUCAGCAUGAGAAUGUGAUUCGUCUGCUUGGAGUGUGUCGAGAUGAUCCCAUGUGUAUGGUCGUAGAGUACAUGGUUAAUGGAGAUCUUAACCAGUUCCUCAAGGAACGAGAAUUGUCACCUGGAACUAAGGGAAACAAAGAAAAGGUGUUAACGUACCAGGCCCUCAUUUACAUGGCGUCUCAAGUAGCUGCAGGAAUGAAGUACAUAUCGUCGUUAAAGUUCGUCCAUCGUGAUUUAGCUACAAGAAACUGUUUGGUUGGUCAUUCUUAUACGGUAAAGAUUGCUGACUUUGGUAUGUCACGCCAUUUGUACACCAAACACUACUACCGUGUUCAUGGUCGUGUUAUCCUACCUAUACGAUGGAUGGCUCCUGAAUGUAUUCUACAGGGCAAGUUUACGUCAGAAAGUGACGUAUGGGCGUUUGCAGUGACUUUAUGGGAGAUCCUUACCCUGGCAACGGAAUACCCUUACAAUGAUCUUACCGACGAACAGGUCAUUGAAAAUAUCCAAAGAAUGUUCUUCCGUCCGUCGUGUCCUAAAAUCGUGUACCUUAGCAAACCGUCUGUCUGUCCUGAUGACGUCUACGAUAUGAUGAAAGCCUGUUGGCAACGUGAUCCUGACGCUCGACCAGACUUCAAUGACCUUCACGGAUUUGUCAAGAGUAAAGUUAGAAUGAGUGAGAUGGCGAUUUGAAUGCGCUUACUGCUAUUGCACAGUUGGUUCUUCUUUGACGACAAGUGAUAGAUGGGAURCAUUUUCUCAAUCUGAGGAAGGCUGGCCAAAAACUCUUCGAGACCAGCACAAAUAGUUGAGUGACAGCUCAAGUCUGUGAAGUUUUGACAAACAUCGAGCAUCCAAGGGCAAUAGUCACGGUAUAGUGCCCGAGAUUUCAACUGCUCUUUUGUUUUUGCUUUUGAACAACAAAUAUUUCUGAAGCGGCGUGUUCUAUGCAUUAAUAGUAACCAUCCAAAACGGGYACUGUCGCAUCACAUGGUCAACUCUACACCAAUGACAGCGGAGGAAAUUGUGUUGAACUAAAACUACCAAUAAUAAGCAUCAUUUUUGUAGUGUCGACGCACUUAAUCCGGGAACUUAAUUAUYACAAAGUAAUACUUUAUUAUCUAAUUAUUUUAUUUUCUAUUGUUAUCAACACUAUCUAUCUAAUAGUACUUAGUAAUAUUUGUUUCAGGGAUUUAGGGAGAUAGCAAUAUAUCCGUGAAACAGAGUGGUUGUCACCGGACUAUGAAAUAGUUUCUAAGCUGAUAGACACUUUUAAACCCGUGAAAUAAAAAUUGACUGUGAGAGUCAUUUUCA